AUGGGCGCUCCACCUCCGGCUGGCGAAGAAAAGAUCGUCGUUCUGCGAACGGUGGGCGGCGAGGUUGCCCCUGCUUCGGCUCUGGCUCCGAAGGUUGGUCCUCUCGGACUGUCCCCCAAGAAGAUUGGCGAGGACAUUUGCAAGGCCACAAAGGACUGGAAGGGAAUGAACGUGACGGUGAAGCUCACGAUCGUCAACCGUCAAGCGACUGUGACGCUGAUUCCUAGUGCCUCGUCGCUGCUGGUCAAGGAACUGAAGGAACCUCCGCGUGACCGCAAAAAAGUCAAGAACAUUAAGCACGACGGCAACUUGUCCCUAGACCAGGUCAUUGGGGUGGCUCGUAUCAUGCGUGAGCGCUCGAUGGCACGUGCCCUGGCUGGUACAGUGAAGGAGAUUCUUGGCACGGCUGCAUCACUUGGUUGCACGGUCAACGGGGAAGCUCCGACGGAGAUUCAGCGCCUUAUUACGGAGGGCGAGCUGGACAUUCCGGAAAACUGA